AAUAAAAGUGCUUCAAUUGUAUACGAAAAAAUGAAACUAUCGGCUAAAACAGUUUUUAUAAAUAGUGAGGUAGCUUCUUUCGGUUAUCGAGACUUUAUUUUUAAUUACUUUUGAAUAAUAAUCCUCCAUUAUGUUGUUCAAAGUUUAUCCGGUGAAACAUGCUCUCGCUGAAACCAUCAUUAAUUCGUUCAACUUUUCAACAAGAAAAGUUGGAGAAAUAGCUGUAACAAUGAAUACGGAGUAUUAUCAAGAGAUGCAUGCAGGAUUCAACGGAACAUCUUCCUGCGGGACGUCUGACUGCCAGAGAAGAAGUUUGGGGAAUGAGUGAUGAAGUUCCGGGGACAGGGCAUAGCGCCCUGUCCCCUCGGGAGAACCCAGCUCCUCGACACCUGGACCAUUCGACAGUCAGGCUUGCUCAGGUUGUUGGAGGCCAGUAUGUUUUAACAUCUCAACCUCAUAUAGUUUCUGCUCUUGCACAGGUACCUACGACCACGACCUCGUCGCCGAGUGGAGUCACACGAAUUAUUAGUAUAAGUCCCUCCAGUAGGGUCAAUGCCGCCUCCAUCAGACCGAGCUUAGCAAAUCAAACUAUCGUAAACGCUCUAACGAAGAAUAGGCCAAACAUCAGGUUACAAUUGUUUCCCAACGAAGAACAAACUAACCAUUCGCUUUCGUCGAGUAAUAAUACCACCCCCAUAGGUAGAACCGCCGCCAAACGUAGUUUACCUAUGACACCUGAAAAAAAGGAUACAUACUCGUCAAAACUUCAACGAGUUAUGAACCAUCGGAAUGUCCGUUCGAAAAUCGUUCGAGAAAAAUACAAUGAGCACCUACUCGAAAAAUAUUACCUAGAGAGCGAAGGCAACAUCUUGGACUUGUAUCAGUUCGCGAAGAGGCCCAAAUCACAACAUUGCCUAAUUUAUAUGAAAGACCACAGCAUAGACGCCAUCGAUUCCGAAACGGAUAAUUUGAAGGCGAUCGUAUGUAGUGACGAUAGACUAAGUGCACCUGUAAAUAGUCCGAUAUCCUCCCACCCGCCUGCGACGACAGAAGUCACGCAACACGUUGCUGAUAUGUCAACAACAUCUCAACAACAACAACAACCGCCUCUUAUGGAAGCACCUUUAACGUCCACGCCAGAUGUAACGAACGCUACAAAAUCGAAAAGUCUUAUUAGUUACCCAACAGUCAGUAGUCAAGAGCAGAUAGUUGAAAAAGCGAAACAAGAAGCGUAUGUAGUCCAAAGGAUAAAUGAUUUACAACGGGAAGGACUGUGGUCGGAAAAAAAACUUCCGAAAAUACAAGAAAUGGCUAGGCCUAAAGCUCAUUGGGAUUUCCUCUUAGAGGAGAUGGUUUGGUUAGCAGCUGAUUUUGCACAAGAGCGAAAAUGGAAAAAAGCUGCCGCUAAAAAAUGCGCUCGCAUGGUUCAGAAACAUUUCCAAGACAAGGCGAUGGCCGCACAAAAAGCCGAAAAGGCACAUGAACAGCAUCUGCGUCGUGUAGCCGCUUAUUGUGCGAAAGAAGUUAAAAUUUUCUGGAGCAAUAUUGAAAAAGUAGUCGAAUAUAAACAGAAUACUCGCCUAGAGGAGAAAAGAAAAAAAGCUUUAGAUCAGCAUUUAAGCUUUAUAGUCGAUCAAACAGAAAAAUACUCGCAGCUUCUUGCUGAGGGAAUGAAUAAGUCAACGACGACACCAGUGGGAGGUGAUAUGAGCGUCGCAUCGUCAAAUGCACCUUCGAGAACACAAUCUGACGACGAGUUUCGGCCAGACGAUCAGGGUAGUACGGACGACGAAGAGACGAUAGCACAGGAGGAGGCGGCCACAACUGCAGAUCAGGAACAAAGCCAAAGCGAAGAAGUCGCUGCAUUGCAACGGGAAUCCGAAAUGGACUUGGAGACUUUCCUUAAAGAACUGCCCAAAGACUAUUUAGAAAAUAGAGACAAUUUUCCUACGACCAGUGAUAGCGACGAUGAAAGUAAUUCAAGCGACGAAGAAGAUGUCGACAAAGAUAAAAAAAAGAAAGACGAUGAUUUUAGUCCGGGAACCAGCUCAGAAGAGGACGACGAAGACACAAUACGGGAACAAGAAGAAGUAGAAGGGAAACAGGAUCACAAGGAAGAAUUGGAAGCACUUAAAGCUGAAAGUGAAAUGAGUGUGGAGGAGUUGAAAAGAAAAUAUGCCAACUUGCCACUACUUCCUGAAGACGAAGACGUUUCUAUUAAAUCUGAAAACGAAGAGCUUGACCAAGAGGCUGGCUCAGAUGCUGAGUCUGUUAUGUCAACUGACGGUGAGACUUCUUCUGGAGAUUACAGUCACGAGGAAACAGAAGAGGUUGGUCUUAAGUCUUUACUAAAUGAUUCUGUAAAAGACGAAAAUUCUAAGACUAGAGAAGAAGACGAUCUUAUAAACGAUGCCGCCGCUAUAGCUGAAAGUAUACAGCCCAAAGGGAAUACACUGUCUUCAACAAACGUGGUCACACCAGUUCCGUUUUUAUUAAAAUAUCCUUUAAGAGAAUAUCAGCACAUUGGUUUAGACUGGUUAGUAACCAUGUAUGAAAGAAAACUUAACGGUAUUCUUGCCGACGAGAUGGGCCUUGGAAAAACAAUACAAACUAUUGCACUACUUGCCCAUUUGGCUUGUGAAAAAGGUAAUUGGGGCCCUCAUUUAAUUGUUGUACCAACGUCUGUGAUGUUAAAUUGGGAGAUGGAAUGCAAGAAAUGGUGUCCAGCAUUCAAAAUACUAACUUAUUAUGGAACGCAAAAGGAAAGGAAACAAAAACGUAUGGGGUGGACAAAACCCAAUGCUUUUCACGUGUGUAUAACAUCCUAUAAACUCGUUAUACAGGACCAUCAGAGUUUCAGAAGAAAAAAAUGGAAGUACCUUAUUCUUGAUGAAGCACAGAACAUAAAAAACUUCAAAUCGCAACGGUGGCAGCUUCUGUUAAACUUCCAGACACAACAACGUUUACUUUUGACAGGAACGCCCCUUCAAAACAAUUUAAUGGAACUGUGGUCGCUUAUGCAUUUUUUAAUGCCGCACGUAUUCCAAUCACAUCGUGAAUUUAAAGAGUGGUUUUCGAACCCGGUCGCUGGCAUGAUCGAGGGCAAUUCUGAAUACAACGAGAGUAUUAUAAAAAGACUUCACAAGGUUUUGAGACCUUUUCUCCUUAGAAGACUGAAAUCGGAGGUGGAAAAACAAAUGCCAAAAAAAUAUGAACACGUUAUAAUGUGCAGAUUAUCAAAGAGACAAAGGUUUCUGUAUGAUGACUAUAUGUCAAGGGCGAAAACAAGAGAAACCUUAGCAACUGGUAACCUUUUGAGUGUCAUAAAUGUUCUGAUGCAGUUAAGAAAAGUAUGCAAUCAUCCCAAUUUGUUUGAAGUAAGACCAACAACAUCACCCUUUCAGUGUGAGGGAAUCUCGUUGCACGUUCCCUCUCUUGUUUAUUCAGCUUUGGAGUACAACGUUUGGAAGAAUGUGGAUCUUUACUCGGUUAAUUUAAAUCUCAUUCUCAUGGAACUUUAUCUCAGUGCGUAUCAGUGUUACAGGGCGCGACAAACACGUACACCGCGGCGCUUGAUUGAAGAGAUAAUCGAGGGCGCAGGUGACUGUCCACCGCCCCCUUGCCCUCCGUCUAAACUCUCCCUUACAGUACACAAAUGCGUCUCCGCAUCUGACAGCAGUAACAGCCAGGACGUGAAAAAAAAAGUACCUGCUGCUUCAGUUACUAUAAAACAAGAACCAUCAACUCCAAUAGAAGAAACUCCUAAAAACCCUGUAAUGACGACCGGCAGUCCGAUAAAAAUUGUCCAACAACAUUUGGGGGUUCAAAUGUCUCCUAAUUUGAAACUGAUUAAAACACAGCACCAAGGUGUUGCAUUGCAAUUGAUUCAACACCAAGGUAACGUCAAGGCUAUACCGGUUAUGACGCAAACCGGCAGUCAACAGACGGCGACGGGCGUCGCAGGCGCCGUUAGCCUGUCGUCGGUGUUGAAGGCGUCAGACAAAAUAACAUUACCGCAGACGUUCGCCCAACUGGUGCAAACGUCGACCGGAAAACAUAUCCUGCUCACGCCCACCAAUGCUAACGUUUCGGCCGCUAACAUUACCAUUUCCGGAUCUGCAGUUACUACAUCCGGAGGUCAAAGGUUGACUGUUCUUUCGAAGCAACCCGUGUCGACUGCUCAAGUAGUCAGUGGAACUAAAGGGGUCGUUAAAUUACAGUUGGGAUCUGUAACGAAUGCUAUAGGCUACAGUGCGAACGUUUCGCCUUCGGCGCCAUCUGAAAAUUACAAGUCCACCGAAGACGUGAAAGAAACGAAAAAGGUCGGUUCGAAAUUCAUUGAAAGAUUGUACGGUAGUCAAAUUAAUAGCUUGGACGUCCGGUGGCGAAAACAAAAGUAUUCAAUACCAAAAAGGCAACCUUUUGUGGAACGGGACGUAGAAAUCACUGACUAUCGAAAGAAUAAAAUUGAAAUGAUAGCAAGGAUAAACGAUAGGAGAUGUAAUGCAGUUCCAUUAUAUGGCAAGGAUUUUCAUGAUAGCGUAAAAAUCUAUAAAUUUGAAAAAAAAGUACCUUGGACUGGAGGUAGAUUGCACUGCCUUAAUGCUCUGUACGGAUGUGAUCGAUUUACAGAAACUGGCGACUGCUUAAGAAAAAUGUUACAUACUCCUGAACAGAGAAUUGAACAGUUAAAAGAAAUAUUUGACAGAUUUGUGUUUUAUGUACCUUCCGUGCACGCACCAGAACCUGAACUACGCGUGUUUCACCCGCCUCCUUCGACGUAUUGGGGCCGAAAACGCGACAUGCAGGUCCUCACUAGAUACUUCUCGAAACCAGCUACGCCCCUUCAUCCACUCGCUUCAGCGAUGGUAACUCAAUUUCCAGACCCUCGUCUUAUACAAUACGAUUGCGGUAAACUGCAAACCUUGGACGUACUCUUGCGUCGUCUUAAAUGGGAAGGGCAUCGCGUUCUGAUAUUCACACAAAUGACGAAAAUGUUGGAUGUGCUAGAGGCAUUCCUCAACUUCCACGGUCACAUUUAUUUAAGACUGGACGGUUCAACGAAAAUUGAUCAACGACAAGUGUUAAUGGAAAGGUUCAAUGGAGACCCUAGAAUAUUUGCGUUCAUUCUGUCUACUCGUUCUGGUGGAAUUGGAGUCAAUUUAACUGGAGCUGACACUGUUAUUUUCUACGAUUCAGAUUGGAACCCGACCAUGGACGCACAGGCUCAAGAUCGAUGUCAUCGUAUCGGCCAAACUAGAGAUGUACACAUUUAUCGUUUAGUUAGCGAACGUACGAUCGAGGAAAACAUAUUAAAAAAGGCGAACCAGAAAAGACUUCUUGGCGACUUGGCAAUCGAAGGGGGCAAUUUUACAACAGCAUAUUUCAAAAGCUCUACUAUUCAAGAUCUAUUUAAUAUCGACGCGAAAGAAGAAAGUGCGGUAAAUCGUAUGUCAGAGGUUAUCGAGUGUACGAAAGAACGAGAGCGAGAGCGUUCAAACACCUCAGAGGAAAGUUCGUUGUUACCGGAAGAUAAAAAUGCGGUCGGGGCUUUGGAAAGUGCUCUAGCCGCUUGCGAAGACGAUCAAGACGUUGCUGCUGCCAGAACUGCCAAAGCGGAAGCUGUUGCCGAUUUAGCUGAAUUUGACGAAAAUAUCCCACUAGACGACCCAGAUAGCCGAGAAAAAGAACCGGAAAUGUCCAAAGCUGAAAUUGAAGUGGAGAAUUUAAUUAAACAGUUAACACCAAUCGAAAAAUACGCGAUGAGAUUCAUUGAAGAAACGGAAGCAGCAUGGUCAGCGGAGAAACUAGCUGCAGCUGAGAGGAUGAUAGACGAACAAAAACGAGAAUGGGAGGAGAAUCGUCUAGCUGCUCUAAAGGAAGAAGAGGAACGCCGAGCUCGGGAACUGGAAGAGGAGAGCGAGUUACUUACAUACUCGCGCGAGGAUGCUACGAACCAGAUAUGGGUGUCGGACAAUACCUUGGAGCAAAUGCCAAUGUGGUGUCCACCCACACCGCCCCAGCAAGAUACCGACGUUUAUGUAGACCAUAAUAUGUCCUUCCUGUACGAAUCGACCGUGAUGUCUGAAUCGCAGCUCCCUCCUGUAUAUGUGAAGAAAGAAGCAAAACGUUCCCGACAUGAUGCGGCUCUCAUUGAAGCUCGACGUGCCUUGAAAAUCCAGCGCAAAGACGAAGCUGUUUAUGCCCCCAGAUCAUUAUUUGAGCGUCCAUCUCCUGCACUGGUUAAAAUGCGGCGGGAUCUCAAACUCCAGAAAUACAGAGGUAUCGUAAGACCCCUAGUACCUGUGCCUGGAAUAAAGAUGGGCGUAAGUUUGAAACCCACAUCGGAACCGCUAUGUCUUCAUAACUGGACCGUGCACGAAGAUAUGGCGUUACUAAAAGCCGUUCAGUCCUACCAGGGACUGCCACUAAAUUUGCUGAUUAUUUCACCGGGACACACGCCCAAUUGGGACUUCGUCGCUGAUUACGUCAACAGUGCUUCGAUAACAUAUCGAUCUCCAAAACAUUGUAGACACAGAUACGAGACCGUUAUAGUUCCUCGUGAAGAAGGCAAGCAAGUAUUCGAUAACGCUGCACGUAAGAAAAAGAACAAAACAGGACUUCACAAAUUUCCGACUCAGAAAACAAGCAGACCCAUGAGGACGGCUCAACUUUAUGCUCAAGAUAAUAAUACGACAUUCUCGCAAACAAUGGUGCAGAGAUUCGACGCUCUCAAGGGAAUUACUAAUAAACGAGCUCCCGCGUCUAAAAUCGUUAUUAAUAAUCCGCUACUAAAGAACCCUAAGCACACAGCGGUAUUAAACGAAUGCGGUAUCGAUCUGGAUCACCCCGUGUUACCUGUGGAGGUAGCAGCUAGAAGAGCUGAAAGAAUUGCAAGAGAAAAAAAGAAUAUGACUCCAGAGCAACUAGCUGUGGCUCAAAGGUUACAAUUAAUGAAGUCUGGGCAAAUUUCUGCAAGUCAAUUGGCUCAAGCAACAGCCCAAGCCCCAGGUCAAGGCUCGUCUUCACCUUCAGUAACAACAUCAAUUGUUGUUCCUCAAACUCAACCUAUUCUCCAAACGUCCACAGUGACGACGGUCACGACAACUAUCGUAUCUACACCCAGUACUCCUCCAGGUGUCCAUCGAACGCAGAGGAUUGUUGCAUCACCUAUUCAAAACCCAACAGUGGUGUCGGUUUCAGGACUAAGUCCUGCUCAAAUCCAAGCUACAACACAACGUCUUAUUGUAUCAGGAACUCCAGGGCAAACGAAAGCAGUCGUCGGAACUACGACUGGGAAAACAAUAAGCCCAGCACAGCUACAAAUGAUCAGACAGGCCACAAUCAAACAGCAGCAGCUGAGAUUACAAGCCACUGGUGGAAAUGUUGGUGGAACUACUCCAGGUGGUGCCAAGACAUCGACGGUGGUCACCAUCGCUGGACAGGCGGUGCAAUUCACCCAGACACAACCUCGAACUCAAUUUGUAAAACAAGGUGCUGUAACAGUGGCUGGUAAACAGGGCGUCGCUCGCACUAUGACAGAAUCGGAAAUGGCUGCCCAUCUUCUUAAAAGACAACAUCAGCUACAACAAAAAGUGUUGGCUUCUGGAACGGUGGCCUCCGUUUCUCAGACCAACACCACAAUACAAAGUUUGUCCCCUCAGGUAUUUGCUCAGGCCAUUCAACAAGCCGGAACAUCUGGAACCCAGGUGGCCACCCUAGUCAAAACUGUGUCCACUUCUGGGGGUGGAGGCACUCAGACCUUAACAAUUCCUGUUUCGACAGUUACUAUAGCCGGAGCUCCUGUAAAGGCUGCUACAGGAGUGACACCAGGCAGUGUCAAGGCAUCGACUCCUCAGCAACAACUUCGUCACAUGCAAAUUCAACAACAAUUAUUAGCCCAAAAGAAAUUGGUGAAUCAGAAGAUUGCUGGCAUUGCCCAAGUAACAGGCAAAGGAGGCGUCGCAACGCAGUUGAUUGUGGGGUCGAAGCCUUUGCCGACUUCCAUGACCCUUCAACAAUUCCAACAAGUAGUCAGAUCACCUCUCACUGUGCCCCAAGGACCUGUUGUAUUGGCUAAAGGUUCUCCAAGGGUAAUUCCUGUUAAUACAGGACAAGGAACGAAGCAAGCCAUUCAGGUUGUUGCCGCAUCUUCUCAGGGUCUAACGACGUCCAUCCGUCCUCAAACGACUUCAACACUGGCGGGUGCCCUGACAGGUAUUAAAGUACAAGGUGGUGCUAGCACUCAAGCACAACAGGCAUUCCUAUCCCAAGUAUCAGCUGCUUUACAAAGUCAGGCAGUUGGAGUGCGUCAGAGCAGCCCUCUUCGUAUUCAAACUUCUACCGGUGCUCCUUUGGUCGCCGUGACCGUCCAGUCAGCUGCUAGUUUACAACAGCAGCAACAAGCUGCCGGGACUGGAGUCUCCGCAACAGGGAUGCAGCAACAGCAACAAAGUAGUGGUACUUCAGCAUCAUCCGAACGGGGCGGAGAACAAGUAAGUAGUAGAUACAUGAAGAAAUAAGGGAGAUAUGUAAUUUAGUUAAUUAGUUUUUUCGGUGUUUUUCUCGAAAUUCACCUUUUUUAUUGUUUGAAAUUUAAA